UUUCCUCACACAGAGAAAGAAUCUUGUUGACAAGCUUCGUCUGGUGGGUUCUAUACGGGUCUGGCUGGCCCGACGUAGCAGAAGGUGGAGAGGAGGAGGAAAGGGGGAGCAUGUCGGCCAGUCUCAGCGUGUUCAGCUUCGGGAAAGCCCGGCACUCCCCCUCUCCCAAGAAGGCCCUCACAAGCCCGACCACAUCCCGCCAAUGGUCGCUCACCCCUAGCACGUUCUCCCUCUCCAACCACAACACGUUCCCCAACGCGACCUCUUCCAGCUUUCCCAAUUCCCAGCAGGGGGCCGACUCCCGUGUAUGCUCACAUGCUGGCAGGGCGAGCUUCUCCAGUUUAGGACAGUGGGAGACGAGCCGACAGAGAUGACCAUGUGUAUGCGCUUCUGCGAGGACGAACUGGAGUUCCCGGAGUUUGGACCCAUGGAGGGUAAAGAACUGCUCGACCACGCGGGUGGAAAAACAGUGUGUGAGUGCGCUGGGCAUCCGGUAUGGUGUCUCUGUCGUUGACAGGAGUAGGGAGCGCAGAGAGGGGAGGGAGUUGGGAGGAAGGUGGUUGAGCGCGAAAUCGGAGGUGUGGGUCAGGACGGGGAGGUCGAUCCGCAGGUGGGUUAUGUGUGUCCCGAAUUGGGUUGAAAGGAAGAAGAAGGGCUCGAGGAAUGGUUGGAGGGAGGAGGGGGUGGGGGGGAGCUUGUCUGCUCCUAGGGAGAGCUGGGUGAGUGGGAGUCGCGCGAGGAGAGGAAGGGCUUGUGCAGGCACGCCGCGUUUCGGGAAACUGAUGCUUGUCACUUGCAUACUGGAGAGGGUGUCAAGUAGGGGAAGGGGGAUAUCGAAAGCCAAGUUGUUGUUAAGCUGGUUGAGGUGGAGCUGUUCCAACCCCCUCAGGCGAGCGAGAAACGGUUGCAACAGGAUAUCCGGAAAGCAGGGAUCGUAGUGCACGUCCACUCUGCUUAUCUUGAGGUGCUCGACAGGCGGUCCAGAGCGCAGGAACGCGCGUAGCUGUUCCGCGCUCUUAAAGAGAAGCCAUUGGUCUUUCUCUCGCCUCAGCUCGGCCGCCCAAGCCCUGCACACCAGCAUACACCUCCGCAUGAGCUCCUGCCAAGCAGCAUAAUGCAGCUGCACGAAGAUGCUCUCAGCUUGGAAUGUCGUCUUCAGGGCUUGGUGUGGCAGGCAAGGAGGGAGGAAAUGAUCGUCGUACCCCAAGUUCGGGAUAUGCCAGGGCGAUAAGUGCGGGAUGUGGGAGAUGAUAAGCAGCCAUAGUUCGUCCGGUAUCUUGUAUAUCGCUGAGGGAGGAGAGGAGCCAGUGUAGAGAGGGGCGAG